AUGCACAUGACAUUGGGGACAACCCUGAAGAUCAAGGGCAGAAUAGGCAAUGAGGCUGAUAGGAUCGAGAUUAAUCUGGGCCAAAGGGCUGACAAACUGAAUCUGCAUUUCAACCCUCGCUUCACGGAGUCCACCAUCGUCUGCAACUCUAAGGAUGGUGGCUGGGGGGAGGAGCAACAAACAGACCUCCACCGCUUUGGCCCAGGGUCAGAGGUCAAGUUCAAGAUCACCUAUGAGACUGACCAGUUUACGGUGAAGCUGCCAGAUGGAGACAAGCUGACCUUCCCCAACAGGCUGGGCUGA